AUGCGAAACCCUCUGCUCAUUCAGUCCUCCAUCAGCUCAAAUUCUUCUAAGUCAUCAUCUCUGUAUCCGCUGCAAGCGCAGAGGGGACAAAUGAGCCGGCAGCCUCCUAUCGCACACGUCCAGAAAUACGAGCGUCCGUGCCCAGUCCCCACUACUACACCCAAUCGGCCCUUGGGUGUAGAUGCAGUACAUUACCGAGAAUGUCCGCUGCUAGCACAGAGGGGACAAAUAAUCCGACAGCCUCCUAUCGCACACGUCCAGCAAUACGAGCGCGCGUGCCCAGUCCCCACCACUACACUCAAUCGGCCCUUGGGUGUAGAUGCAGUACAUUACCGAGAAUAUCCGCUGCUAGCGCAGAGGGGACAAGUGAGCGGGCAGCCUCCUAUCGCCCCCGUCCAGCCAUACAAGUGUGCAUUCCCAACUGCUGCACUCAUUAAGCCCUUGGGUGUAAAUGCAGUGUAUUACCGACCCACCGUGGAUGUCCCGGUGGUCGCUCAAUAUUACGCAUCAGCUACCUGCUCGCCAAAGGACACAAGUUUGGUGCAUACCCAUAUGUCAUAUUCUAACCAGCCCAUUUCCGACUUCAUCGGCAAUAGCGAGAACUGGACACUCGCGUUGGAUGUCCGUAUCCCAGAAGACUUGGUCCACCCGACGCUCACGUCACUCUCAUAUACGGUCAAAUAUAGCACAGCGAAUGAUCACUUAGCUUGUGUCGUUCGAUCCAAUAUUCUACUCGCAACAAUUGAAUCAGAGGAGCUGGGCGAUAAGAAGACUAGCGAGGCUACUGCCCCUGUGUGCCUUUCGUCCGUGCUAGGCAUCAAAGCCAAUGACUUGGAGAACCAGUGGAACCACUUCGUAGAUCGCCAAGAAAUUCCUGUUAAUGCCCGCAUCGAGAACAGCCAUCUGUACUUGCAGAUCCACAUCUCGGAGUAUCCUACCGUAGCAAUGCUGCGCUCUCUUUCAAUAGAUAUCUUUGCUACUUGGCUGGGUGGAGAUGAAGGCGUCCACGUCAAAAAGGCAGCCGAUGAAAUGAAAGCAAAGGAGGAACAAGGCAGGAAAGCGGCAGAGAAACAGAAGGCUGAGGAGCUGGCCAGAAAAGAAGCCGAGGCAAAAAAAAAAGUCGCUGAAGUAAAAGUGGAGAGAGAGAAACAAGUGGGCAGUGCCGCGGAUGAGAAGAUGCAGGAGAAGAUCCAAAAAGCGCUCGACCGUCUUCCAAAGGAACUCAUCCCCCUCGUCCUCCCGCGCACUUCAAGUAAUCCCAACACCACCUACGCUACCAAAGCGGUAUGUCCGUCCAUCGCAGCGGAGCUCGUCAAAAGCGACGGCUGA